CAAACUAGGUCUCUCUCCCUUGAUCCACCUCUUUCUCCACACAAAUGGGUUGUGGGGAAUCAAAACACAAUGUCGCCACCGGGAACGCCAUUACCCUCAAGAAAUCAAAUGAUGCUGAUCCCACCAAGAAGGCUGGAAAAGAUGUAGAAGCCAUCAGCGAAACCGGUUCGGCCGAUAAGGCCGGUGCUGCUGAUCAUUUGGUGCAGGCAGAGGAAAGAGAAAAGGCAAAAGAGGAUUCAUCUGAGGAGACUAAUAAGGCUGAAGAGGCUGAUGUUGAUGUGAAGGACAUAAUUAGUACAACAGCAGAUGCUGGAUUGAAGGAAAAGGAUGCUGUUGAAGAAUCAAAUGAGCAAAAGAAAGAAGAUGUCCAUGCUGAUCAGAUUGGUGAUGAACCCGAUCGAUUCAUUACUAGCGAAUCCCCGAAUUGCUUUUUCUCAUCUAGGAGAGAUGAGGAAUCGAUCCAAAGGAUUGUUUCUGAUCAGGAGCAGUCCGAGAGGUCAGAGUAUUUUUCUCCACGCCAUCUCUCGGAAGAGAUCAAUGUUGCUGUUGGGGAGAAAGAAUUGAUUGAAGAAACAAAACCAGAUACGGGAAAUGGAGAGGCUGAGAAGGAGAAUGAAGAGAAAGUUGUCAAGGAGGAGGCAGGAGAGGGAAAACCCAAUGAAGCAAAGGAGCCUAUCAAUGCUGAUAAAGAUCAGGAACAAGGGAGUGAUUCGCCAACACAAGAUCAGAAGACAAAUUGAAGGGGGAAUUUAAUUUGAGAUAAUGUAACAAUAUAAAAAAUGAAACUUUGUGGCAUGUAAAACCUUUGCAUGGCCUAUUAUUUUCUGAUUCAUGUAUUGAUGUGAAGCCAAAUCGAAGGGGAAAUUAAAUUUGAAAGACAAUGUAACAAUAUAGAUGAAGCUUUGUGGCAUGUAAAA